AUGCUCGCUCUUACCGCCCUCGCUCUUGUUCCCCUACUCGCCUUUGCCGCUCCGACCGAGAGACAGAACGGCCUGACGGUCGUCAAUAACUGCUACAACAGCGGCCAGGUAGCGCUCACUUUUGAUGAUGGACCGAACAACCGUGAAGGCGACAUCGCAAAUGCCCUCAACAGCGUCGGCGCCAAGGGCACCUUCUUCUUCAACGGCAACAACUACGGCUGUAUCUACGACCACGCCCAGACUCUGCGGGAUCUCAACGCACAGGGCCACACGCUCGGCUCGCACACUUGGUCUCAUCCCGACUUGACCAAGCUCGAGGAAUGGCAGAUCCACCAGGAGCUCGAGAAGGUCGAGACUGCCUUCAUCAAGAUUCUAGGCCUCAAGCCUCGCUACUUCCGUCCUCCCUACGGCAGCUACAAUGACCGAGUGCUCAACGUCCUCGCUCAGCGGGGGUACAAGAAGGCCUUCAUCUGGUCGGACGUGACUGGCGACGCCCUCGGUGACAGCCUCGACAAGCAGAAGAGCGUUCUCAACGACGUGGCCAAUCAGUAUCCCGCGCCCAAGAUGGUACUUUCCCACUCAGUCAUCGACUCUGCGGUCGACGCGACCUGGUAUGGUGUCUCCAGGCUCAGGGAUGCGGGGUAUCAGAUGGUCGCGGUGGAUACGUGUCUCGGUAACUCAGGCGAGUGGCCUUACGAGUACGUUGGCCAGCCCGAGCAGCCCAACGACAGCUGGAGGUGUUAG